GAAACUCCAAUUGCAAGAAUUGGAAGAACUCCGUUUGGAUUCUUAUGACAACGCGGAGAUCUACAAAAGAAAGACGAAGGCUUGGCAUGAUAAGAUGAUCAUAAGGAAGGACUUUAAACUUCAUGACAAAGUCCUCCUUUUUCAAUCACGCCUUCGUCUAUUUCCAGGAAAGCUGAGAUCUCGUUGGACGGGACCAUACAAAGUGGUCAAAAUAUAUCCACACGGGGCGGUGGAAAUUGAAGACAUGGAGACGGGAGAGGUACUCAAGGUGAAUGGACAAAGAUUAAAACCCUUCUUUGAGGGUUUUCAACCCAAAAAUGUAGAAGUCAUGGACCUUUCUGAACCGGUCUAUGAGUGAAUAACGAAGAUAUCGUCGAGCCACGACGUUAAAUAAAGCGCUUCUUGGGAGGCAACCCAUGCAAGGUAUGUUUUUCUUUUCAAUUUUUUGUUUUCGAAUGUCAACUUUUGGGGAGAAUGGGAGGAAAUUCUCAAAAAGAAAAUAAGGGAAAAAUAAUAUUUUCAAGGCCUGGGAAAACCCCGAUCGAAUCAUCACCAGUUACCCGGUCGGAUCCAUGCCAAAAAGAGGAUUAAAAUGGACCAAACAAAAUUCCAGGCUAAUAUACCCGAUCGAGUAACAGUCAUACGCGGUCGGGUAUAGAGCAAAAAAAUGAAAGAAGGGGGAUCGAGUACCCCAUACUCGAUCGGCCAAAAGCACAGAAUUGCACGAAUACCCGAUCGGGUAUACCUCAUACUCGAUCGGGUAAUCGACCCCUGGAGCCAAAUUUAAAAAUCCGCCAAAUACCCGAUCGAGUAAAUUAAUAUACUCGAUCGAGUAUAUUUCAAGAAAAUCCUACGGCGGCCAAAAUUCGAUCGAGUAUACCCCAUACUCGACCGAAUACACAAACCUGGAACCAAGUUUUUUUUAAAAAGGGGUAUACCCGAUCGAGUAAAUUAAUAUACUCGAUCGAGUAUAUUUCCAGAAAAACCUACGGCGGCCAAAACUCGAUCGAGUACGGGGUAUACUCGAUCGAGCCCGAUCCCGGAACAAGAACAAAAGAAGGCAUACCCGAUCGAGUAAUCGGGGUACCCGAUCGGGUACACGAAGUUUAAACACGAAUCAAAGGCCAAAUCCAACCAUUCUUCUUCCCCAAAACCCCAAAAUUCGAACCCCUUCUCCCAAAUCCUCCAUUUUCACACCUUCAAGCUUCAAUUACUCUCUCAUAUCUCAACCAAAUCCACCCAAACCACCACCAAAUCAAUCCCUACACUCUCCUCUACAACCUCAUACCCAUUAUUCCCUCUCUCUCUCUCUCCAUUUCCAAAAAUCCGAAAACCCUACCCUUAGACCCCAAGUCCGAACUCAAGCCCCCUAAUUUCUCAAAAAUGGCACCAAAGAGGAACCAACCGGAGAGCUAUAGCUCAAGGGGACCUAUCCGAGGCUAUGAGGAUGUGCAAUUUGGCCCGGGGGAUCAUCGGAAGCGAUUUGUGGCCAUUCUAAAAAGGCAAGUCAUUCCUUCUCGCUUUUUAUGCCAUGAAGCUCUUAAUUCACUAGGUUUGUUGGAUGGCAUGAGAGAAUUGUUUGAUGAAUUGCACAUGGGAUUGCUUUUUAAUGUGCAAUAUAAUUGUAAUGAAAGGGUCAUCUAUGAAUUUUUGAGUUCGGCCAAGUUUGUGUUAGAUGAUGACCAUUUCUAUGAUGAUACACUCUCGUUUCGGUUGAUGAACACCGACUACACUAUAACGAGACGUGAUUUUGCCGAACACUUUGGGCUCCGAUUCCCACAUGAAAGGGAAAUUCCGGAUAACACUAUGGAUGCAUAUAAUCUUUGGGGCAAAAUGACCGGAGAACGGAAUUUUAGCACGUCCCAACUUUACAUAAGUCACGUGCAACAUCCCCUUCUCCGGAUUUUCCUCAAAUUUUUGUGCAACUCUUUACUUGGCCGCCCCAACAACCAUCACACUCGGAUAGGGGAUGUAGCCAUUCUCACUCUUGCUCUUUUCCGCAAUCCCGUUGAGUUUAACAUUUGCAACUUGAUUUGGGAUCAUCUACAAAAGGCUAUCACCAAAGGGGGGAACAUUGUUAUAGGGGGUGUUAUCAUGCAUUUGGUUUCCAAGUUUGGCUAUGUGGAUAAUGCCACAAUCUCUAAAGAUUCAUUGAUGCAUCUUGGAUGGUUGUCCAAUGCACAAUUGAUCUCUUUGGGCAACAAAGACCACAACGGAAACCAACGAUAUAGAUGGCACAUGAAGUACCCCGAACCGGUCAAAUAUUUCCCCCUCCCAUGCGAUGAAUUACCUAGACUUAGGUACAAGAUGGAACCCGCUCACAUUCCACAUUACCUCCUCCCCAACAACAUUCCACCUCAUCUCCAAGCUCAAGCCGACCAAGCCGAACAACCCAAUCCCCAACCGGAGCAACCCGAGCACCAAGAGGGAUAUGAACAUGUCCAACAUGAUAUCCCCGACCUCCCCCAAAACCCGCCACCACAAGACUUCUUCCAACAACUCUUGGCGGGUCAACAAUCCCUCUUAACCGGUUUCCAAACAAUGAGCCUUGAUUACACAAAAAUGGGAGAGCAAUUCACCCAACUUCAAGGGGAGAUAGGCCUCUACCGGAACGAGCAACAAGAAAGAGACCGACGGUUUGAUGCAUACCGGGAGGAGCAACGGUUGGCUUUUCAAAGGUUGGAGGAACAACGGGCGGCCGACUUGCAACGAUACGAGGAAGACUACCGGAGGAUGUAUGGGCCGACAUAUUCUUACAUGUCCCAACUUGGCGGGUUUGCAUCUAUGGCCUCACCACCACCGACACCUUCUUGGUAUAACCCCUCCGAUUGGGGUAAUUUUGGCGGCUCUAGUUCCGGCAUGGGUGGUUAUGAUGGCGGGGACACUACCAUGGGCGAGGGAGGAGGUGAUGACAUGCAUGGGAGCGGCUUUGGCGGAAGCUACUAUGGUGGAGAAGGCGGGCACUAAGGAUAGUGCCAUGAUUCAAGUGUGGGGGAGGAAGAUCAUCUUUUGGACACUAUCUCUUGGAGAGGCAGAAGAAGAAUAAAAGAAGAAGAAGAGAAAAAGAAGUAAGGGGCAUAGAAGACCAUUAAACCCAAAGAGAUGUUAUUUUGUAAACUCAUUUACAAUACUUGGUGGUUUUAGUUCCUUAUUUCUUCCAAAUUUUGAACUCAUGAUCUUUUGACAAACAUUAUGUAAACAUUUGGUUUUACUCGAGGUCGAGUAAAGGAACUAAGUGUGGGGGAGUUGACAUUC